AUGCGGACGUUUUGUCGUGUCGCUGGUUGCGGUGGCCCCUGGAGGGCACGAGUGCCUACUCGGCCACGCGUACGAGUGACCUUUCGUCAGGGUGACCUGUGCUGUGGGACCGCAGGGAUCCCGCCAGCACUGACUGGCGCGUUUUAUUUUGCCUGGAUCUGGCCUCCACCGCGUUUCUGGAGCCGCGCACCACAGCUCACUCGUUGCCUGGGGUCACUCUCGCGUGCCCCCAGCCGACCCGCAGUUGGACUCGAAUGGGAGUUCUCGGAGGGUCGCACGGGCGUCCCCGCCGGCCUUCUGCGAUUCGAGUCGGGGCCCGACGGCCAGAUCGGCGGGCGGCGCCACCAGCCUAAUGGCGGACGCCCGUCUCCGCACCUGUGUGCACACGCGGGCGCACACGGACUGCAUGUUCUGAGUGCGGUCUCCCCUCCCCCGCGACCCCUCCGCCUCCCGCCGCGUCUGCUUUCGUGCUUCAGUUCGCCUCGGGAGCGCCCUUCCGUCGCUCGAGCGCUGCGUGAGUCAAGCGGCCGCAGACCAAAAGUGUGCCCACGCGGGUCUGGUGCCCGUGUGGGGCCACCUUGGGGGGGGGGAGCGGAGGGAGGUCUCCCCUUGCCGCGCCCCCGCUCUCGCCCCAGUCUUACGCGACCACUUGCGAAUGCUACCCCUGCGGGUCCAGUCGACGCUGGAGCACUGGACACCCCCGUUGGGCUCCACCUGGCUGCAGACAUCCUGAAGGUUCCGACUCCCUGGCCGCUUUUUCAGAAGUCUGACCUGCAGGGGUGCGGUUCACAUGUAGCCGAAGCCCGCUUGCAGCCAGCCGAGGAGUCCCUCUACGACACGCUCGGCGUGGAGCGAGGGGCCUCGGAGGCCGAGAUCAAGAAGGCCUACAGGCGCGCCGCGCUCAGGAGUCACCCGGACAAGGCCCCCGAGGGCGAGCGGGAAGCCUACGAGGAGAGGUUCAAGCAGAUCUCCCGGGCCUACGAGAUAUUGUCCGACCCCCAGAAGCGGCAGGUGUACGACGCCCGCGGCGAGGCGGCCUUCAACGGCCAGGACGCGAGUGGGGGCCAGGGCUUCCCGGGCGGCCCGGGCGGCUUCGCUACACAGGACCCGUUCGAUAUGUUCAGGAACAUGUUCGGUGGCCAGAACUUCGACUUCGGGCGGGGAGGACGAAUGCGGACGCCCGACGUGGGCUACGCGAUGGAGGUCUCCCUGGAGGAUAUAUACGCGGGCUGCACCCGCGAGGUGAGGUACCAGCAGGACGUGGUCUGCACCAGGUGCGGCGGCCGGGGCGCCUCCCGGGUGGACGCCUGCAGCAGCUGCGGGGGCAGCGGCGUGCGGGUGACGCAGAGGCAGGUGCUCCCAGGCGUCGUGACGCAGGUGCAGCAGCCUUGCCAGGCGUGCCGCGGCGCGGGCGCCACCGUGCCCCCCGGUGCCACGUGCGAGAGCUGCAAGGGCUCCGGGAUGAUGUCGAAGGAGGCGAAGCUGCCGGUGAAGGUGCCGCCCGGCUGUCCGUCGAAGAGCCGCUUUGUCUUCGGCGGGAUGGCCGAUGAAGCUCCCGGCAUGGAGACUGGGGACAUCAUCGUCGAGGUGUGGGAGAAGAAGCACCCAGACUUCUCUCGCCUCGGCGACACAGAUUUGCUGCUCGACCGCCGUGUGCCCUUGCUGGACGCGCUGUGCGGGGUGCGCUUCACGCUAAGGCACCUGGACGGGGGUGACCUGGAGGUGUCGUGUCCUGAGGGCGAGAUCGUGCGACCCGGCGACGUCUGGAUCGUCAAAGGCCGCGGGAUGCCCAGGAGCUCCGGGGGGCACGGCGACCUUGUCCUCCGCUUCGAGGUCGAGUUCCCGCGCUCGCUGCCGACGUCUGGCGGCGGCGACGGCGCGUCGAUGCGGGAGCGCCUGCGGCCGCUGCUCGACCCCGGGGCCCCCGCGGAGCCGGCAGGUGCCGGCGGCGGAGCUGGCGCGGGAUGGUCUGGCCUCUUCGGCAAGCGCAGUGGCUCCGCAACAGCGAACCAGGCGCCAGCGAUGCGGGCGACGCCGCAGCGUUCCAAGGAGGUCCGCGACCUCCUCGCACAGCAGGAGCGCGAGCGCGCCGCCGAGCGCGAGGGCAGGGAGCGCCGGCGCAGCGGCGCGCAGUGCUCGCAGAUGUGA